GCAAGAUUCAAAAGUACUUCUUCACUAAACUUUGCCCAAUUCGUCUCUGCAUGUUAAAAUGCCCCACCACUUUGCGAAGAUGCUUCUUUUGCAUUCCGGAAACUUGUCUUGCCUGGUCACAGAUCACCACGACUGCGUCACACGCAAGUAUGAGCUUCUGGCUCUCCCACCCUAAAAAGCUUCACCACGCAUUCGUAUAUGUAUUUGAGCUUUCAUAUGGGAUUUGGUGGAAUUUGUGGUUUCCCGUGAAAAAGGAGAAAAUGAGAGAGAUACCAACAUGCUCCCACAGACACUGCUUCCUUCCCAAAAUACCCAUUUAGUCUGCUCAAGUCGCUCCGGCCGUGAGCAUGUUUUUCUAAAGUAUUUCUCCAUCGUGCUGUGGUCUCAAGUGGAUAACAGGUUUUUCCUCUUGUAACUCAAGUGUUGUGUAUUCCCCCACAAAGAAGUGGAAGAAUAGCUACAUUUUGGACAGAGAAACAAAUUCCGCAUUUUUAACACACACAACAUCUGCCCAAAUAUUUAGCUAUCAAAUUCGCACUGGAAUAUCGCUAUGAAUUCACUAUGGUACUUUGCUAUCUUCUUGUCUGUCGUCAUAUCAAGUUCAUAUGGCCAGGAAGUACCAAACACACCAUGUCCCUCCACAUUUCGCUAUCAAUUCGACAAUGGAGCUGGUGAAUGGAUAGGUCUUGGGAGGAUAGCUAAAGCUCCCAUUGGCGAGGACAUCAUCCUCUACGUCACACUAUCCGUGGGAACUCAGCUGGCAUCUUCGUAUGUGGGUGAGGUGAAGAUCCUGGGUCAACCCAGUGAGAUUGCCAAUCGGAUUUACAGUGGUCAGCCACUGAACUUCGAAGUGCGCUUUCCCAUUCAAAAUCCCCUGCCCGAAGUGUCGACGAUCACGGUGAAUGACAAUGUGAUUUGUCGGGCGGAAUACACCACACAGUACGAGUACACCACAAAAAUUCGCCUGCAGUACACAUUUAAACCCCAGGGAGGAUCACCUGUACAUCUAAGUCAGAAUCACAAUCACCAAAACUACAAUCAAAAUCAACCGACAUUCAAUCAGAAUCAAGGGGGAUCCUCACUAAAUGUUGGAAUACCCCAAGCGAAUGAUUUUGGUUUCCAGGGUCAGCUUUCCUUCCCUGACAUAUCACUGGGUUCAUUCCUGGGUGGCGAUGAUACGGCGCAAUUUUCCUCCCCGAACAUCGAUCACCAGCACCAGCCACAGCAUCAACAGCAACCGCAGCGUCAGCCACAGCCGCAACAGAUACCCACACAGAUACAACCCACCCGUCCUCAGCAGAUUGAUUCACAUAUUCAGCCGCGACCACGACCUCCAAGUGUACCAUCAUCCAUUGAUAGCAAAGACAGCAGCUCAUCAGUGACAUGCGGGAAACCCGAUCCACUGGCCGCUUUCACACCACUCAUAGUGGGUGGUACGUCUCUUCAGCGUGGCACUUGGCCAUGGCUUGUGGCUGUACAUGUAUACAAGGAGCACACCCUUGCCUUCCAAUGUGGUGCAACCCUGGUAUCACAGAAAAUUGUCCUAGGAGCUGCACACUGUUUCACCGAUCGCCAGGGCCAGAAGCUAAAAACUGAGAAUGUUGUCCUCAUUCUCGGACAAUACAAUCUCAAGAGACCCCAGGAAGAAGGUUCCCAAAUUGUCUAUCCGGAGAGUAUCAACAAUCACCCAGAGUACAUGAGUGCCCAUAAGAUCGAUUCGGAUAUUACGGUGGUGGUGAUAUCGCGGCCAGUGGAAUUUACGCAGUUCAUAAGGCCAGCUUGCCUAUGGAGUGGUCCCGUCACGCAAGACCUCAUAGUUGGACGGACAGGAGUUGUUGUUGGCUGGGGACGUGAUGAAUACGGGAAUGUGAAUACGCCUGAACCGAAAAAGGCUGAGGUUCCCGUUGUCUCAGACGCCACAUGUCUCCGGUCCAAUGAGGCCUUUUCGAAGAUCACCACAGAUCGCACUUUCUGUGGCGGAUGGCGGAAUGGGUCAGAGGGACCGUGCAAUGGGGAUUCCGGUGGUGGCUUGAUUUUCGACAUAAACGGUCGCUGGACGAUCCGUGGGAUUGUAUCUGCCUCCCUAUCGGACAUGCUUACUAGUUCAUGCAAUCUCAAAGAGUACGUCGUCUUCACGGAUGUAGCAAAGUACAUGGACUGGAUUAGAACGUUUAUCUAAUAAUCCUGGAUUCUCACAGAGAAUCAGAGGAUUUGCCAACACCAUCCUAAAGUCACAUCGAUAAUUACAAGGACGCAAAUUAUAGACGGAAUAAAAUUUAAUUAAGUA